AUAGAAGGAAAGCACUAGAGAGGGGGGGAGAGAGAGAGGGGAAGAGAGAGCGAGAUGGGGUUGUUGGGGGCGAUCGUGGAACACCCGGAGGAUUUGUACGCGUUGGUGAAGCUGAAGAUGGCGUCGGAUCGGAUCAAGAAACAGAUCCCGGCGGAGCCGCACUGGGGCUUCUCCUACACCAUGCUCCAGAAGGUCUCUCGGAGCUUCGCCCUCGUCAUCCAGCAGCUCGGCCCCGAGCUCCGAAAUGCGGUUUGCAUUUUCUAUCUGGUCCUCAGAGCCCUUGAUACUGUUGAGGAUGAUACUAGCAUACCUUCUGACAUCAAAGUGCCAAUUCUGGAGUCUUUCCAUCAUCACAUAUAUGAACGCGACUGGCAUUUCUCAUGUGGAGCAAAGGACUACAAAGUUCUGAUGGAUAAAUUUCAUUAUGUUUCAACUGCUUUCUUAGAGCUUGGUGCAAGUUAUCAGGAGGCAAUUGAAGAUAUUACCAAGAGAAUGGGUGCAGGAAUGGCAAAGUUUAUAUGCAAGGAGGUAGAAACAAUCAACGAUUAUGAUGAGUACUGUCAUUAUGUAGCAGGACUAGUUGGAUUAGGACUGUCUAAGCUCUUUCAUGCGUCUGGGUUGGAAGAACUAGCUCCAGAUUCCCUUUCCAAUUCAAUGGGCUUAUUUCUUCAGAAAACAAAUAUAAUCCGAGAUUAUUUGGAAGAUAUAAAUGAGAUACCAAAAUCACGCAUGUUCUGGCCUCGGGAAAUUUGGAGUAAAUAUGCCAGUAAACUUGAGGAUUUGAAAUAUGAGGAGAAUUCCACAAAAGCUGUGCAAUGCUUAAAUGACAUGGUAACCAAUGCUUUAAUGCAUGCUGAAGAUUGCCUUCAGUACUUGUUUGCUUUGAAGGAUCUUGCCAUCUUUCAAUUUUGUGCUAUUCCACAGAUCAUGGCAAUUGGAACCCUUGCUCUAUGCUAUAAUAAUGUGGAGGUUUUUAGAGGAGUUGUGAAGAUGCGACGUGGACUUACUGCUAGGGUUAUUGACCAAACAAGAUCAAUGUCAGAUGUCUAUGGUGCUUUCUUUGAAUUUUCAUCUUUGCUCAAGUCCAAGAUCGAUGAUAAUGAUCCAAAUGCCAGUCUUACUCGUCAUCGUGUGGAAGCAAUACAGAAGGCUUGCAUAUCCUCAGGAUUGCUAAAUAAAAGGGGAUAUCACAUGUAUGAGAGCAGGCUGCAGUACAAUUCAGUGCUGGUGAUCAUGGUCGCAUGCAAGGAUAUUUUCUACUCUAUCUGAAAAAGUUGAUCACUUCAUGCCUUACUGGCCUUGCAACUAAUAUUAUUCAAAUAUAACUGCAGCCAUAUGAUUUUGCAUGCUGAUGCGUGCAGGGUUGGCGCUUGGGGGUUCUCACGUUAGUAUAGGUUUCUACUGCCAUCUGGUUUUCAUGUAUUUCAGGAGAAAACAAAUGUAUGAAUAUGGACUUUGAAUAUCAAAGUACAUGAUGACGAACAUGAUGAACAUCCCAAUCCAAGUUUCGGUUUUUA